GCUGGUGAGGGAGAGGUUGAAGGAGGACGUGGAGGAGAUGAGUGGUCAGUUCCCUGGCUUCUGGCCAGGUCUGGUAGCAGGUGGAGGAGAUGAGGGGUCAGUUCCCUGGCUCCUGGCUAGGCCUGGUAGUUUUGCAGGUGUCUCUUUGAGCCUUUUUGCACUAACCCAAACUGUAUCUUGCAGGCUUGGAUAUUCACUUUGUCCUUUCCAGCACAGUUCCAGCAACUGUGGUGGAGGCGUAACCAGGUCAGCUCAGUACAGCUUGUUUCAGUUGUGCUGAGUUCAGCUCUGGUCAGGAGUGUGAAAAGCCCUUUUUUGUGUAUCCUUCAUGUAAUUCCCAGAGUGUCUUCAAUCAGUUUUCUGUGAUUCUUAUGGGUUUAUAUAAUCUUCUUCUUCUCCCACACUGCUUCAGAUGACUUUUAGGUAAAUGUGUCGGUUGUUUGCUCGCUAGAAGGUGUGAGUUUAAUUUGCUUGCUUCUCCCUACUAACGCCAGGCUACUUGACGCCUCCUACUCAAAGAAUGUGGGGCUAAGCAGCUUGGAAGUGUGGUUUCCUCUCUGUACACUUGCAAUGAGAAUGCUAAGCUAAUGCUAAUCACAGCCACCAUCUACAUAGAUUGGAAUCAAUGCCAACCAUGUCAGACUGACAGACUGCCAGAGAGGAUGAGGUGAGUAGAACUGGACUAGAACUACAGCUACUAGAUCCAGUGUUUUAAUGGCGUUCUACAUGUAUGUUUUUACAUACAUGCCCUUACUGCCAGAGUGGUGUGUGUAUUUGAAGAGACCGAACAAGGACGGAGAGCUUGUGCAUAAAAAAAAAAAAAAGAUAACAUUGAUAUGGAUACAGGUUUGGCCACAUUUGCCCCAGAAGGCCAUUGAAUCCUCUAGCUAAGCAACAAAAGAUAGGCCUUGUAAAGCAUUUGAAAUACAGUUUUUAAACAAGUUUGAUUCUUCGGCUGUCCCCUUUUGAAGAACCCUUUUUGGUUCCAGGUAGAACCCUUUUUGGUUCCAGGUAGAACCCUUUUGGUUCCAAGUAGAACCCUUUUGGGUUCCAUGUAUCAAUGCGGUGAAGCUCUCUCGGGGGACCUGGGAGAAUGUUUCAUCCACUGUACUCCUAACAGCUGCAUGGAGCUCAUUAGCUAGACAGGUGAGGGUCACACCAAAUGAAUGGUUACAAUAGCACUGUCAGUGGCAGACUUGGUUGCUGGAAAAAACAUCUGGUUUAGCAUAUAGUAAUGUUGUAUAAUGCACCUUUAACAGAAAAUCACCUUCCAGUGUAAAAACCAUGGACAUUAAAAACUACAUUGUAUAUAUAUAUAUAUAAUUCCUUUCCUGCAGUCAAAUGACCACAUCGCCAUCUAGUGGCCUCAUGGGUGGAAUAGUAGUAAUAUCUUUCAUAAUUUCAUAAUUAAUAAACCUUUUUUUUUAAUAAGCUGAAAAUCCGGUGUUUCUAUGUCAAACGGUUUUGUUAUAUUUCAGUCUUCUGUGAUGUAUAUAAAGUGUAAUAUUGGGAUGCAAACUCAAAAUGUAAUACAUUUAAACUCUAUAUCUGACAUGGUACAUGUGUCUUCUUUUUUUAAGCCCAUAACCAUGUGUGUGAGGUGUAUACUUCUGUUUCAAAGUAGAUUUGUUUAAGACUACCAAUAAAUACUCUGUGUGAGCCUGAUUUAGCCCACUGCAGUAAAAGGUUAAUUAAGUGAGAAGUAGGCAUUGGUCUGAAGCAAAUUCACAUGAGCAACACAAUGCCUACUCCACCCAUGCUCUACCAAGGUUUUCCAGCACACAGCUUUAACCUACUACAGUAGCUAUGUUGGUCUAUUGUACUUCAAAUAAUGUGUAUGCAGGUUGCUUAGAAUUCAAACUAUCUCUAACAGCCUAAUUCAUACUUUAAUAUUAUAAUGCACAGCCACUCAUUUGGAGCCACGGGGGACAAUUACCUUUCUGAUUUUCCUCUCCAUUUUAUGGGCACAUAAUUACGACAUAUAUGGCUGCUUGCAGCUGUUCUUUUCUUUCAUGCUGCCAACAAACAGAAGCGAAUCUAUUAUUGUUUACUGAGAUUAAGCCUUGGGGCUUUGACUAAAAUGGAGGCACUAGUUAUGCACUUACUACCUACAUCCCAAAUGGCACCCUAUUCCCUAUUGGACCUGGUCAAAAGUAGUGCACUACAUAGGGAAUAGGGUGCCAUUUGUGACGCAUUACUGUCUUUCUCUUUCAUUGCUUUUGAGUGUCUCGUUUUACCAAGGAAGUAAUUUUCUUGUUUUCUCAUUUAGUUGUAAUGGUUCUAUCAGAAACACAACUCUAUAAAGAUCAAUGUUCACUGAGAAAGUAAUUUUCUUGUUUUCUCAUUUAGUUGUAAUGGUUCUAUCAGAAACACAACUCUAUAAAGAUCAAUGUUCACUGAGAAAGUAAUUUUCUUGUUUUCUCAUUUAGUUGUAAUGGUUCUAUCAGAAACACAACUCUAUAAAGAUCAAUGUUCACUUACAGUUCAUUAAAAAAAAAAUAGUUUUAAAUAAUAAUAAUUUAAUAAUAAUAAUGUAAUAAAUAAUUCAAUUUGACUUAACUUUAAAAAAUAAAAUAAUCUUAAAUAGAAAGAAGAACAACUGUUGACUAUUUCAUCUCGUACUUUCUUUCUUUGUCAUUUCUAGAACAAUAUCCAGAGUGUGAAGUGCUUUCUCAUGACGUACCAGCCAGGAAAGUGAAACAUUUCCUACACCAAGCUGAAGCCACAGGAACCUCAACCCAGGUAUAGACUUGAUAUCUCUGGUAUAGACUUGAUAUCUCUGGUAUAGAAUUGAUAUCUCUGCUAUAGACUUGAUAUCUAUAGUAUAGGCUUGAUAUCUCCAGUAUAGACUUGAUAUCUCCACUAUAGACUUGAUAUCUCCGUUAUAGACUUGAUAUUUCUGGUAUAGACUUGAUAUCUCAGCUAUAGACUUGAUAUCUCUGGUAUAGACUUGAUAUCUCUGGUAUAGACUUGAUAUCUCUGCUAUAGACUUGAAAUCUCUGGUAUAGACUUGAUAUAUCUGCUAUAGACUUGAUAUCUCUGGUAUAGACCUGAUAUCUCUGCUAUAGACUUGAUAUCUCUGGUAUAGACUUGAUAUCUCUGCUAUAGACUUGAUAUCGCUGGUAUAGACUUGAUAUCUCUGGUAUAGACUUGAUAUCUCUGGUAUAGACUUGAUAUCUCUGGUAUAGACUUGAUAUCUCUGUUAUAGACUUGAUAUCUCUGGUAUAGACUUGAUAUCUCAGCUAUAGACUUGAUAUCUCUGGUAUAGACUUGAUAUCUCAGCUAUAGACGUGAUAUCUCUGCUAUAGACUUGAUAUCUCUGGUAUAGACUUGAUAUCUCUGGUAUAGACUUAAUAUCUCUGGUAUAGACUUGAUAUCUCAGCUAUAGACUUGAUAUAUCUGCUAUAGACUUGAUAUCUCUGGUAUAGACUUGAUAUCUCUGGUAUAGACUUGAUAUCUCUGGUAUAGACUUGAUAUCUCAGCUAUAGACUUGAUAUCUCUGCUAUAGACUUGAUAUCUCUGGUACAGACUUGAUAUCUCUGGUAUAGACUUGAAAUCUCUGGUAUAGACUUGAUAUCUCUGGUAUAGACUUGAUAUCUCUGCUAUAGACUUGAUAUCUCUGCUAUAGACUUGAUAUCUCAGCUAUAGACUUGAUAUCUCAGCUAUAGACUUGAUAUCUCUGCUAUAGACUUGAUAUCUCUGGUAUAGACUUGAUAUCUCUGGUAUAGACUUGAUAUCUCUGCUAUAGACUUGAUAUCUCUGGUAUAGACUUAAUAUCUCUGGUAUAGACUUGAUAUCUCUGGUAUAGACUUGAUAUCUCUGCUAUAGACUUGAUAUCUCUGCUAUAGACUUGAUAUCUCUGGUAUAGACUUGAUAUCUCUGCUAUAGACUUGAUAUCUCUGCUAUAGACUUGAUAUCUCUGCUAUAGACUUGAUAUCUCUGGUAUAGACUUGAUAUCUCUGCUAUAGACUUGAUAUCUCUGCUAUAGACUUGAUAUCUCUGGUAUAGACUUGAUAUCUCUGGUAUAGACUUGAUAUCUCUGCUAUAGACUUGAUAUCUCUGCUAUAGACUUGAUAUCUCUGGUAUAGACUUGAUAUCUCUGCUAUAGACUUGAUAUCUCCGUUAUAGACUUGAUAUCUCCGUUAUAGACUUGAUAUCUCUGCUAUAGACUUGAUAUAUUUUAGACUUGUGCCUUUUACUCUUAUCUCAAGUUCAUUUGGGUUUAUAAAGGUGACCCAGUGAUAAUCAGUUAGUCAGCCAGCCGGCCAGCCAGCCAGUUAGUUAGUCAGCCAGUUAGUCAGUCAGCCAGCCAGCCAGAUAGUCAGUCAGUCAGUUAGUCAGCCAGCCAGUCAUCCAGCCAGCCAGUUAGUUAGUCAGCCAGUUAGUCAGUCAGCCAGCCAGCCAGAUAGUCAGUCAGUCAGUUAGUCAGCCAGCCAGUCAUCCAGCUAGUCAGUCAGUUAGUCAGCCAGUCAGCCAGAUAGUCAGUUAGCCAGUCAGCCAGUCAGUCAGUUAGUCAGCCAGCCAGCCAGUCAGUUAGUCAGCCAGCCAGCCAGUCAGUCAGUUAGUCAGCCAGUCAGCCAGAUAGUCAGUUAGCCAGUCAGCCAGUCAGUCAGUUAGUCAGCCAGCCAGCCAGCCAGCCAGUCAGUUAGUCAGCCAGCCAGCCAGCCAGUCAGCCAGUUAGUCAGCCAGCCAGCCAGUCAGCCAGUCAGUCAGUCAGCCAGUCUGCCAGCCAGCCAGUCAGUUAGUCAGCCAGCCAGCCAGCCAGCCAGCCAGCCAGCCAGCCAGUCAGUUAGUCAGUCAGCCAGUCAGUCAGUCAGUUAGUCAGCCAGUCAGUCAGUCAGUCAGUCAGUCAGUCAGUUAGUCAGCCAGCCAGUCAGUCAGUUAGUUAGUUAGUCAGCCAGCCAGCCAGCCAGCCAGUCAGCCAGUCAGUCAGUCAGCCAGCCAGCCAGCCAGCCAGCCAGCCAGCCAGCCAGUCAACCAGUCAGUUAGUCAGUCAGUCAGCCAGUCAGUCAGUCAGUCAGUCAGUCAGUCAGUCAGUCAGUCAGUCAGUCAGUCAGUCAGUCAGUCAGUCAAUACAACCAUUGCAGCUCUAUCUUUAAAUAGCUCCUACAGUAUGAAUUGGACAGUAACCAAGGACCAAGUCCUAACACACGUACCAGGAACAGCAGUAGUCGCGAUAAGGACACAACCACAUUAGUAAAGAGAACAGGGGAGAGUUGGUAUCACUGUAGGCCUACAUCAGUAUAAUGUCAAGUAUGAGAGAAGCGCUCCAAAUGGUCGAGCUACUGUGACCUUUUUCAGUGACGCUGUGAUCACACACUCUUGCACACCAAAGACAAUUGGCUGUCUGGCCAGGGAGGUUGCCCUCUUCUCAGAGGAGGUGGAGCCCUAUGGGACGACCCUAGCCAAAGUUCGUCUGGAGGUCAUGAACUGCCUCAAGGAACAGCCUGAUGGGAAAUACGUGGUGGUCACGGUGUAAGGUCAUCACACACACGAACACACUCAAACACACACGUACACACACAUCGCACAAAUGGCACAUACACACAUAUAUACUGACACACGAACACACACACACAAACACACACUUAUGCCAACAUUUGUACAAUCAAAAUUAACUAUCUACAUUGUCAUUUUACUAAACAUAAUUAUAGCAAGCAAGCAUGGUCUUGGAUCAUGACAUAAUGACAUCGUCAGCAAUGGAAUGAAUAUACGGACAGACAAAGUAGGCCUACUAAACAACAAGUAGACAGUCAAAAACAACCAUAUGGCCUCAGCCAAGUAGACAGACUAAAACAACCAUAUGGCCUCAGCAAAGUCGACAGGAAUUAACUAGAUUGAACAACAAUGACUAGCUACUGAUUCUGAUUCAUAAACAAUUUGGAAAAGGGGAGACUUGUGCCCUGAGAUGAGUGACUGACUGUGAGUGAAACAGAGCCAUGCGUGUGUCUGUCUGUCUGGGGAAAUGAGAGCAGUGGGAGAGUGGCUUGCUCUAAUCCAAUCGUUGCAGCAGGCUCAACCGAUACCCCGCCCCAUUUCUUUACAUACAGAAGAACUAGCCAAUAGUUGUUUAGAGCACACAGCGCUUCACACUGUUUGAGUGAAAGAGAGAUGUGUGCUGGCAGCUGAAGAUUACUUUUUUCAGAUCACGGAUAAUUACAAAAAAUACUUGUGUCAUAAUCGUAUUCAGAAAAUUCUCCAUAUCCAUUACGAUACUAGUUUUGUCCGAGUACUCGGCACACCCCUACUAACUCCUAACCCUAAACCUAACCUUGUGGGGACUUUUGGGGAUUGCAGGGUUCACGAGGAUAAAAUAACUAGACCACACACGCACACGCACACGCACACACACACACACACACAAUGAGCCUCAGUGGGAUGUGUACUGGCCUCUAUGCCCAAGAACUGUCUGGCAUGUGAAUCGAAUGGCACGAAUGGCGUGGUCCUCUGUAGCUCUGCUGGUAGAGCACGGCGCUUGUAACGCCAAGGUAGUGGGUUCGAUCCCCGAGACCACCCAUACACAAAAAUGUAUGCACGCAUGACUGUAAGUCGCUUUGGAUAAAAGCGUAUACUAAAUGGCAUAUUAUAUUAUAUAUUAUAUUAUUAUGUUGUAUGCCAAAUGGCACUACAUUGAAUCUGUAACUGCCCUUGACCUCUGACAUCCUCUUGGCAGGAUUACGCCCACUCCACUGGGUGAGGGCAAGACCACCACCACACUGGGGUUGGCACAGGCCCUAGGGGCACAUGAAUAUCAAUUAUAUUUCCGUAAUUCCUCACAUUCUUCUCUAAAGGCAUUGGCUGAGGAGGUCUGAGGGGUGGAGGUUUGGAUCUUCUCUUCCAAUGCACUUUGAGAAGGAGGCGAGAGGAUGUGAGGAAUUGAGAAAAGUAACCAAAUCGUGCCACAGUGAAUGUAUCAAUGUAUCACACAGAGACACUAAAUAUCCCCUGAAACAACUGUGAAUGGUCAUGCUUGACUAGAGUUACAGUGCAUUUGGAAAGUAUUCAGACCCCUUGAAUUUUUCCACAUUUUCUUACGUUACAGCCUUAUUCUAAAAUGGAUUAAAUAAAUAAAAAAUCAUCAAUCUACACACAUUACCCCAUAAUGACAAAGUGAAAACAUGUUUUUAUAAUGUUUUGCAAAUUUAUACAAAAGAAAAAAACAGAAAUAUCUUAUUUACAUAAGUAUUCAGACCCUUUGAUAUGAGACUCAAAAUUGAGCUCAGGUGCAUCCUGUUUCCAUUGAUCAUCCUUCAGAUGUUUGUUUCUACAACUUGAUUGGAGUCCACCUGGGGUACAUUCAUUUGAUUGGACAUGAUUUGUAAAGGGACACACCUGUCUAUAUAAGGUCCCACAGUUGACAGUGACAGUCAGAGCAAAAACCAAGCCAUGAGGUCGAAGGAAUUGUCCGUAGAGCGCCGAGACAGGAUUGUGUCGAGGCACAGAUCUGGGGAAUGGCACCAAAAAAUUUCUGCAGCAUUGAAGGUCCCCAAGAACACAGUGACCUCCAUCAUUCUUAAAUGGAAGAAGUUUGGAACCACCAAGACUCUUCCUUGAGCUGGCCGCCCGGCCAAACUGAGCAAUCGGGGGAGAAGGGCCUUGGUCAGGGAGGUGACCAAAAACACGAUGGUCACUCUGACAGAGCUCCAGAGAUCCUCUGUGGAGAUGGGAGAACCUUCCAGAAGGACAACCAUAUGUGCAGCACUCCACCAAUCAGGCCUUGAUGGAAGCCACUCCUCAGUAAAAGGCACAUGACUGCCCGCUUGGAGUUUGCCAAAAGGCACCUAAAGGACUCUCAGACCAUGAGAAACAAGAUUCUCUGGUCUGAUGAAACCAAGAUUGAACUCUUUGGCUUGUAACUGUCACGUCUGGAGGAAACCUGGCACCAUCCCUACGGUGAAGCAUGGUGGAGGCAGCAUCAUGAUGUGGGGAUGUUUUUCAGUGGCAGGGUCUGGGAGACUAGUCAGGAUCGAGGGAAAGGUGAACAGAGCAAAGUACAGAGAGAUCCUUGAUGAAAACCUGCUACAGAGCAUUCAGGACCUCAGACUGGGGUGAAGAUUCACUUUCCAACAGGACAAUUUAUUUUAUUUUAUUUUAUUUAUUUCACCUUUAUUUAACCAGGUAAGCCAGUUGAGAACAAGUUCUCAUUUACAACUGCGACCUGGCCAAGAUAAAGCAAAGCAGUGCGAUAAAAACAACAACACAGAGUUACAUAUGGGGUAAAAAAAACAUAAGGUCAUAAAAUACAACAGAAAAUAUAUAUACAGUGUGUGCAAAUGUAGCAAGUUAAGGAGGUAAGGCAAUAAAUAGGCUAUAGUGCAAAAUAAUUACAAUUAGUAUUAACACUGGAAUGCUAGAUGUGCAAGAGAUUAUGUGCAAAUAGAGAUACUGGGGUGCAAAAGAGCAAAAUAAAUAACAAUAUAGGGAUGAGGUAGUUGGGUGGGCUAAUUUCAGAUGGGCUGUGUACAUGUGCAGUGAUCGGUAAGGUACUCUGACAACUGAUGCUUAAAGUUAGUGAGGGAGAUAAGAGUCUCCAGCUUCAGAGAUUUUUGCAAUUCGUUCCAGUCAUUGGCAGCAGAGAACUGGAAGGAAUGGCGGCCAAAGGAGGUGUUGGCUUUGGGAAUGACCAGUGAGAUAUACCUGCUGGAGCGCAGACUACGGGUGGGUGCUGCUAUGGUGACCAAUGAGCUAAGAUAAGGCGGGGAUUUGCCUUGCAGUGAUUUAUAGAUGGCCUGGAGCCAGUGGGUUUGACGACGAACAUGUAGUGAGGACCAGCCAACAAGAGCGUACAGGUCACAGUGGUGGGUAGUGUAUGGGGCUUUGGAGACAAAACGGAUGGCACUGUGAUAGACUACAUCCAAUUUGCUGAGUAGAGUGUUGGAGGCUAUUUUGUAAAUGACAUUGCCGAAGUCAAGGAUCGGUAGGAUAGUCAGUUUUACGAGGGCAUGUUUGGCAGCAUGAGUGAAGGAGGCUUUGUUGCGAAAUAGGAAGCCGAUUCUAGAUUUAACUUUGGAUUGGAGAUUCUUAAUGUGAGUCUGGAAGGAGAGUUUACAGUCUAACCAGACACCUAGGUAUUUGUAGUUGUCCACAUACUCUAGGUCAGACCCAUCGAGAGUGGUGAUUCUAGUCGGGUGGGCGGGUGCCAGCAGCGUUCGAUUGAAGAGCAUGCAUUUAGUUUUACUAGUGUUUAAGAGCAGUUGGAGGCUACUGAAGGAGUGUUGUAUGGCAUUGAAGCUCGUUUGGAGGUUUGUUAACACAGUGUCCAAUGAAGGGCCAGAUGUAUACAAAAUGGUGUCGUCUGCGUAGAGGUGGAUCUGAGAGUCACCAGCAGCAAGAGCGACAUCAUUGAUAUACACGGAGAAAAGAGUCCGCCCAAGAUUUGAACCCUGUGGCACCCCCAUAGAGACUGCCAUAGGUCCAGACAACAGGCCCUCCGAUUUCACACAUUGAACUCUAUCUGAGAAGUAGUUGGUGAACCAGGCGAGGCAGUCAUUUGAGAAACCAAGGCUAUUUAGUCUUCCAAUAAGAAUGCGGUGGUUGACAGAGUCGAAAGCCUUGGCCAGGUCGAUGAAGACGACUGCACAGUACUGUCUAUUAUCGAUCGCGGUUAUAAUAUCGUUUAGGACCUUGAGCGUGGCUGAAGUGCACCCAUGACCAGCUCGGAAACCGGAUUGCAUAGCGGAGAAGGUACGGUGGGAUUCGAAAUGGUUGGUGAUCUGUUUGUUAACUUGGCUUUCAAAUACUUUCGAAAGGCAGGGCAGGAUGGAUAUAGGUCUGUAACAGUUUGGAUCUAGAGUGUCACCCCCUUUGAAGAGGGGGAUGACCGCGGCAGCUUUCCAAUCUCUGGGGAUCUCAGACGCUACGAAAGAGAGGUUGAACAGGCUAGUAAUAGGGGUUGCGACAAUUUCUGCGGCUAGUUUUAGAAAGAAAGGGUCCAGAUUGUCUAGCCCAGCUGAUUUGUAGGGGUCCAGAUUUUGCAGCUCUUUCAGAACAUCAGCUGUCUGAAUUUGUGUGAAGGAGAAGCGGGGGGGGGCAUGGGCAAGUUAAUAAUAAUAAUAAUAAUAUGCCAUUUAGCAGACGCUUUUAUCCAAAGCGACUUACAGUCAGGCGUGCAUACAUUUUUUUUUGUGUAUGGGUGGUCCCGGGGAUCGAACCCACUACCUUGGCGUUACAAGCGCCGUGCUCUACCAGCUGAGCUACAGAGGACCAAGUUGCAGCAGAGGGUGCAGAGUUGGUGGCCGGGGUAGUGGUAGCCAGGUGGAAAGCAUGGCCAGCCGUAGCAAAAUGCUUGUUGAAAUUCUCGAUUAUUGUAGAUUUAUCGGUGGUGAUAGUGUUUCCUAGCCUCAGUGCAGUGGGCAGCUGGGAGGAAGUGCUCUUAUUCUCCAUGGACUUUACAGUGUCCCAAAACUUUUUGGAGUUAGUGCUACAGGAUGCAAAUUUCUGUUUGAAAAAGUUAGCCUUUGCUUUCCUGACUGCUUGUGGAUAUUGGUUCCUAACUUCCCUGAAAAGUUGCAUAUCGCGGGGGCUAUUUGAUGCUAAUGCAGUACGCCACAGGAUGUUUUUGUGCUUGUCAAGGGCAGUAAAGUCUGAGGAGAACCAGGGGCUAUAUCUGUUCUUAGUUCUGUAUUUUUUGAAUGGGGCAUGUUUAUUUAAGAUUGAGAGGAAAUUACUUUUAAAGAACAACCAGGCAUCCUCUACUGACGGAAUGAGAUCUAUAUCCAUCCAGGAUACCUGGGCCAGGUCAAUUAGGAAGGCCUGCUCUCUAAAGUGUUUUAGGGAGCGUUUGACAGUGAUGAGGGGUGGUCGUUUGACCGCGGACCCGUUACGGACGCAGGCAAUAAGGCAGUGAUCGCUGAGAUCCUGGUUGAAGACAGCGGAGGUGUAUUUAGAGGGUAAGUUAGUCAGGAUGAUAUCUAUGAGGGUACCCAUGUUUACGGAUUUAGGGUUGUACCUGGUAGGUUCGUUGAUAAUUUGUGUGAGAUUGAGGGCAUCUAGUUUGGAUUGUAGGAUGGCCGGGGUGUUAAGCAUAUCCCAAUUUAGGUCACCAAGCAGUACGAACUCUGAGGAUAAAUGGGGGACAAUGACCCAAAGCACACAGCCAAGACAACGCAGGAGUGGCUUCGGGAUAAGUCUCUGAAUGUCCUUGAGUGGCCCAGCCAGAGCCCGGACUUGAACCCGAUCGAACAUCUCUGGAGAGACUUGAAAAUAGCUGUACAGCGAUGCUCCCCAUCCAACCUGACAGAGCUUGAGAGGAUCUGCAGAGAAGAAUGGGAGAAACUCCCCAAAUACUCAAGGCUGUAAUCGCUAACAAAGGUGCUUCAACAAAGUACUGAGUAAAGGGUCUGAAUACUUAUGUAAAUGUGAUAUUUAUGUUUUUAUUAUUUGUAAUACAUUUGCAAAAAUGUCUAAAACCUGUUUUUCGCUUCAUCAUUAUGGGGUAUUGUGUGUAGAUUGAUGAGGAAAAAACAAAAUGUUUAUCCAUUUUAGAAAAAGGCUGUAACGUAACAAAAUGUGGAAAAAGUGAAAGGGUCUGAAUACAUUCCGAAUGCAGUGUAAAUGGAAUGGGAGGUAACCUGACCUCUCUGCAGGUAGGAAGCCUGUAGGUGUGUCUUUAGAUGAUGUACUAACAGUGCAACCAGCAGGAACAGCUGAGUGGGUCUGUGGCCAGUGAGGUGACGGCUGUUAUGGCUCUCAGAACCAGUAUGGAGGACAUGACGCGUUGCCUGGCCAGGAUGAUGGUGGCUUACAGUCGCAAGGGGAACUGGUCAGUGUGUGGGUGUGUCUGCCUGUCUCUCUGUGUGUGUGUGUGUGUGUGUGUGUGUGUGUGUGUGUGUGUGUGUGUGUGUGUGUGUGUGUGUGUGUGUGUGUGUGUGUGUGUGCUUGCGUGUUUGUGUGUGUGUGUGUGUGUGCGUGUGUCUGUGCAAAUGUAAAUGCAUGUAUAUGUCUGUGCGAGCUCGUUUGUUCGAAGGAAAGAGAGAGAAAGCACAUUUAGCCAAUUACGAUAUGUCAUGCAGUUGUGCAAAUAACGUGUCCACUUACGACGCUUGUUCUGUAUAAUUUCCAUUCACAGUGCUACUGUUAUAGCACCUGAGUGAUUUCAAUAACAUGUUAUUAGAGUCUCUCUGUGUUCACCCCACAAGGUAUCAGUUGAGUCUCACUGUGUUUGCCCCACAAGGUAUCAGUUGAGUCUCUCUGUGUUCGCCCCACAAGGUAUCAGUUGAGUCUCACUGUGUUUGCCCCACAAGGUAUCAGUUGAGUCUCUCUGUGUUCGCCCCACAAGGUAUCAGUUGAGUCUCUCUGUGUUCGCCCCACAAGGUAUCAGUUGAGUCUCACUGUGUUUGCCCCACAAGGUAUCAGUUGAGUCUCACUGUGUUCGCCCCACAAGGUAUCAGUUGAGUCUCUCACUGUGUUCGCCCGACAAGGUAUCAGUUGAGUCUCUCUGUGUUCGCCCCACAAGGUAUCAGUUGAGUCUCUCUGUGUUCGCCCCACAAGGUAUCAGUUGAGUCUCUCUGUGUUUUCCCCACAAGGUAUCAGUUGAGUCUCUCUGUGUUCACCUCACAAGGUAUCAGUUGAGUCUCACUGUGUUUGCCCCACAAGGUAUCAGCUGAGUCUUGCUGUGUUCGCCCCACAAGGUAUCAGUUGAGUCUCUCACUGUGUUCGCCCCACAAAGUAUCAGUUGAGUGUUGGCCAAGAUGGUGAGAGAAUCUGUGAAGUCCAGUCUAAUGCAUACCAUGGAGGUGAGAGAAUCUGUGAAGUCCAGUCUAAUGCAGACCAUGGAGGUGAGAGAAUCAUAUAAUGUACCCAGACAACCAGACGUGAUCUAUGAAAUGAAUGUGUUAUUAAAACCCUUUUAGACCCUUAUGUCUUCAUUAGUGUGUGUGUGUGUGUGUGUGUGUGUGUGUGUGUGUAUGUGUGUGUAUGUGUGUGUGUGUGUGUGUGUGUGUGUGUGUGUGUGUGUGUGUGUGUGUGUGUGUGUGUGUGUGUGUGUGUUGUGUGUGUGUGUGUGUGUGUGUGUGUGUGUGUGUGUGUGUGUGUGUGUGUGUGUGUGUGUGUGUGACCUAAGGGUCUAUAUGCUGUCUAAAUAAAUCAGACCUGUUGGGAGCAGAUUGGUCUUGUGUGUGUGUGUGUGUGUUGUGUGUGUGUGUGUGUGUUGUCUUUCUUUUUGCUGGACACGUGUUUUCAUCUCUAGCACCUGCUCCAAACCAUUAGACGUGUUUCUA